CCAGCUUCGUCAGGCCUUGUUUGGCCCCAGAGGCUGCCGGUGGGCUUCACACAGCGCAGCCCCCUCUGUGCACCCCAUUAAAUGAAGCCACUCCUCGUGACCGCAGAGCCUGGGCUUGGUGUAACCAUUUGAACAUCGUGGGCAUGGUGUGGCGACCCCGAUGAUGCCUGUGGGCCACGGUGGUUUGCAGGGAGAAGCUGGGGGAAGCCAGCCCGGGGUGCUCCUCACACCAUCCUGAAGCGCGCCCUUGGGUUUUGAGGGAAGAGACAGGGAAAAAAACUCUCCCAGGGACUUGGACGAGGUCUGCGCAGCCGCCUCUGAUUUAACGAGCCGCAGGCUAUGGUUUCACACGGGGAGGGGAAAGAAGCACCCUGGGCUUGGCCCCCCCCCAGCUCCCCGCCACCGUUACCUCCCACCUCCAUGCUCGGCACCGCUGCCAAUAAGAGCCUGCAGGAGACAGAGCCACACGCUCGCCGUUCUCACAACUGCUCCGCACGCACCGGGGACGCCCGCUGCAACUCAGGCUGCUCCGCAGAAGGUUGGUUCCCUGGUGGCACGGAAAUAUGAAAGGCUCCCUGCCCUAGAAGGAUUGGAUAACAAGCUCUCACCACUCCGUGCCCAGCCAGCGAUGGCCGCUCCCACCGUGGUGACCCUGCAGCCCCAGUACGUGGUGGCCGGGCCCAACGUGUCCAGGGCCAUGUGGCAGACGGGGCUGAUGGACUGCUGCACCGACUGCGGCGUCUGCUGCUGUGGGACGUUCUGCUACCCCUGCCUGGGCUGCCAGGUGGCCGGGGACAUGAACGAGUGCUGCCUCUGCGGGACCAGCGUGGCCAUGAGGACCCUGUACCGCACCCGAUACAACAUCCCGGGCUCCAUUUGUUCCGACUACUGCAUCACCUUGUGGUGUCCCGUGUGCUCCGUGUGCCAGAUCAAAAGGGACAUCAACAAGCGGAGGGCGAUGGGCAUCUUCUGGUCAGCACCCGUUUACUCCCUGCAACACGGGGGCAUCGUGCACGUCCUUGACCCGAGCGGGAUGAAUGUGUGGCCGCAGCAGGCCGCCGGCGGCCCGUCCUCACCUCCCGUCCCUUCACUUACAGAUGCCGUGGAGCCCGUGCCGCCUGCGCCCCGCAAGAUGGUGGCUGAGGACUGCCCGUGACUGGCAGCCCUCAGCCCCUCGCAAGCAGCCCAAUAAAGAGCAAUGUGUGCCUUG